AUGCUGCUUGACCUACUGGAGGAUCCCCAUGAAAUACGCCGUAUAUGUAUCAUGGGAAGAAACUGCACACUUAAUAAAGGAAAUAAUAAUAUGGAGUGCUCAGUGUCUCAUGAGAAGCAGAAUGCUGAGGAGGAGGAGGAGGAAAUUGAAAUGCUUCUGGAAAAUUAUCUUCAAAGAUGUGAAUCCUGUCAUGGUCAAGCUGAAAGGCUGCUUGAUUCUGCAAGGGAAAUGGAAGAUUCUAUAGCUGUCAGUUUGAGUUCACGAAGGCUUGAGGUCAGCAGAGUAGAACUCCUUCUGCAGGUUGGAACGUUCUGUGUGGCAGUAGGUGCCCUUGUAGCAGGUAUCUUCGGCAUGAACCUGAAGUCCUACCUUGAGGAACAUGUGUUGGCAUUUUGGCUGACGACAGCGGGGAUAAUUAUUGGUGGAAUUAUUGCUUUCUUUCUUAUGUACUCCUACCUCAGGGCGAGGAAAAUAUUUUGA